AUGGAGUUUCUGCGGGCGCUCUGGCUGUGCGUGGGGGUGGCGGGCAGCCUCCUGCCGGCGCCCUGCCAGGGGCACCCCCAGCCCUGCCACAUCCUCGCCAGGGUCGGGCACACGGUGCGCCUGGGCGCGCUGCUGCCCCUGGGGGGAGCGCAGGGCCGGGUGCGCAGCGCCCUGGCCAGGGCGAGCCGGGCCACCUGGUUCCCCUAUAACCUGAGCUUGGAGAUCGUGCCGGGGGCGCCCCGGGAGCGGGACCCGGCGUCGCUGGCUCGCUGGCUGUGCCAGGCGCUGGUGGUGCAAAAGGUGGCGGCCGUGCUGGCCUUCCCCCAGUCCCGGGAGGAGCUGCUCCAGCUGGAGUUCCUCUCCGCCUUCCUGGAGAUCCCCUUCCUCAGCGUCCUGGAGAUGGAGCGGCGGCUGCCCUUCGGCACCCAGAAUCCCUUCCACCUGCUCAUGGACCGGAAGAGCCCCAUGGAGACCCUGGUGGACGUGCUGGACAGCGUCCUGCAGACCAACGACUGGCACGAGAUCACCCUGGUGCUGUGCCACGCCUGGGACGUUUCUGGCUUCCUGGAUUUCUGGACCAGCAACACUGACCUCUUCCUGAGAACCAUCCUGGACCUGAGCUACCUGGACGAGCCGGGCGCCGCCCGCUACCUCCGCCAGCACUUGGAGGAGUUCAAGGAGCUGGCUGGCCCAGUGCUGCUCUUUGGCUGUGACGCCCGCCUCUCACGGCUGGUGUUCAGGGCGGCCUCGGCGUCGGGCCUGAUGCUGCAGGACUUUCACUGGAUGCUGGGGCACCCGUUGAACGUGGACGAACUGCAGACGGAGGGGCUGCCCCUGGGCCUCCUGGCUUACGGGGAGGUCAACAGCCCCACGUUGGAGCAAUUCACCCAGGACGCGGUGGAGUUGGUAUCCCGGGCCAUCUCCAGCGCCAUGUACAUCCGGCCCGACCUCACCCUCAUCCAGAGCAUGGUGAACUGCAACGACAAGCACGUGGAAGGCUCGGAGUCCUCUGGGCACUACCUCUCCAGGUUCUUGGCCAACACGUCGUUCCACGGGCGGACGGGGCGGGUGUCUGUGCGGAAUACGUCGCUGGUGCACACCGAGCACCGCUACAGGAUCUGGAGCCUGCUGCGUGACUCCCUGGGGGAGCCCACCUGGGUGACGGUGGGCAGCUGGCAGGACGGCAAGCUGGAGGUGGAGGAAGGGUUCUGGCAAACCCAACUGCAGCGCAAGAGCCCGGGCGGCGGGGGCGGCUUCUCACGGGUGAAGCUGCGGGUGGUGACGCUGGUGGAGCACCCGUUUGUCUUCACGCGGGAGGUGGACGAGGACGGGAGCUGCCCGGCCGGGCUGCUGUGCCUGGACCCCCACACCAAUGACUCGGCCGCGCUGGAGGCCCUCUUCGAGGCGCUCAAUGCUGAGAACGGCUCAGUGCCCCUGGAGUACAAGAAGUGCUGCUACGGCUACUGCAUCGACCUGCUGGAGAAGCUGGCUGAGGACCUGCCUUUCGAUUUCGUCCUCUACAUCGUCGGGGACGGCAAGUACGGGGCCUGGAAAAACGGGCAGUGGACGGGGCUGGUGGGGGACCUGCUCAGCGGCACGGCCCACAUGGCCGUCACCUCCUUCAGCAUCAACUCGGCCAGGAGCAAGGUCAUCGACUUCACCAGCCCCUUCUUCUCCACCAGCCUGGGCAUCCUAGUGAGGACCAAGGACACAGCCUCGUCCAUCGGCGCCUUCAUGUGGCCCCUGCACUGGACCAUGUGGGUGGGGAUCUUUGUGGCCCUGCACCUGACGGCGCUCUUCCUGACCCUCUACGAGUGGAAGAGCCCCUACGGCAUGACCCCGCACGGGCGCAACCGCAUGAAGAUCUUCUCCUACUCCUCGGCCCUCAACCUCUGCUACGCCAUCCUCUUCGGGCGCACCGUCUCCAGCAAGACGCCUAAGUGCUACACCGGCCGCUUCCUCAUGAACCUCUGGGCCAUCUUCUGCCUCUUGGUGCUCUCCAGCUACACGGCCAACCUGGCCGCCGUCAUGGUGGGGGAGAAGACCUUCGAGGAGCUCUCGGGGAUCCACGACCCCAAGGUGGGAGGGCCGUUGCGCUGCCUCGGAGGCUAUGGAAUCGGGCUCCCCCAGAACUCGCCCCUGACCUCCAACCUCUCCGAGUUCAUCAGCCGCUACAAGUCGGCCGGCUUCAUGGACCUGCUGCACGACAAGUGGUACAAGAUGGUGCCCUGCGGCAAGCGGGUCUUGGCCGUCACCGAGACGCUGCAGAUGGGCAUCUAUCACUUCUCCGGGCUGUUUGUGCUGCUGUGCGUCGGGUUCUGCGGCUCCUUGCUCACCUCCCUGGGCGAGCACGUCUUCUACCGCCUCAUCCUGCCCCGCAUCAAGAGGAAGAAGAAAUUCAACUACUGGCUGCACACCAGCCAGAAAAUCCACCGGGCGCUGAACGUGGGCUUCGAGGAGCAGAAAAACCAAAAGCUGAGACUUGAGAAAAGGUGCAACAUUCAGAAGAGCGAAGAGGCACCAGCCCCAAAUACCAGCCAGCCAAGCUGGAACAACCUCAGGAAGGCCACCAGGAAAGAGGACAAGCGGGUGCAUUUCAACAUGGAGCAGACGCCCUCUGAGCCGGCGCAGGAGAGGGAGGUGCCCGUGUGGCACUGCACAAACGGCAGGGUGCCCCAGCCGGAGGAGUGGGAUGCUAGCGAGAAGGAGCUCAGGGAGCUGGAGGGACGGAUCCAGGCAAUCAGGGAUCAGCUGAGAGCAGCCCUGGUGCGGAAGAGCGAGCUGGUGGUGGCGUUGGGGCCCACCAAGAACAUCCGCAUGCUGCCUGUUAAGCCUAUUGUCGAGAAGAACGAGGACAGGUAA